AUGCAAUGCACGAGCAAGGCCGCCGAGAGCGCGUCCGCACGUCUCUGUGCGGACGCCGAAGCAGAAACCACAGCAACUGAUGUCUCAUCGGUUGCUGAAGCGACUCAGCCUGUGUCACUUGGUGAUGCAGGCGCUGGUCAUGAAGACACUCGUGUCUUCACAGAGUACGAGAUCGGUGUCUCGUACUCUCCUGAUACGGAUGACGGAACCGUAUCGACGGCGAUUGAAUCUAAGCCGCCUGCCAAGCGUGGCAUGGACGAUGCUUUGCGUCGCAGCAUCUUUGGUUCAUCUGAUGAAUCAGAUGAACCAUCGCCGAAGCGAAGGCGCUCGAGGUCGCGAGACUCGGGCGCUAAUAGUGGUGUCGGUUCUCCUAUGGACACCACUUCACAACGAGGUGCCAGUCCUUCUGUCGGCACGUCGCAGGAAGAGCGGGACCGCAGUGUGUUGCGUCUCGCUCCUGAGAAGAAGGCAUGGAUGCCUCCUAAAUCUGUCAUGGAUCACUUGUCGGCGACGACGAGUGAUAGCUAUCGAACACGGUUGUUCGAUUCGUCAAGUAUCCAUCACCUUGACCCCAGCGCGAAAAAAAUCGCGCUGAACAUGAGUUCUUCAUCGAUGCUUUCUUUAGACAUCGAUGGUACAGUGGGAAUCACAAGCGUGAUGGUCCCUCACUACUUCAAGCGUGGAACGCCUACAUCCAUAACCUCGAGGAUGUAG